AAACCAAACGCCCAUGCAUAUAUUAACCUAAAGCAAACGCCUCGACAAACACUAAAUAUUUUGUAACCGUUCUUGAAGGUAGUUAUUUUUCCGAGAAAUUCCAGUUCAAUGAUUCAGUUAAUUUUAUUGUAUAUUCGUCAAGCUGGUGCAACUAUUCAACUCAUUGCACGACUGAUUUAACGUUACAACUGUUUACAAAACGAGUCCCGGGUUGGGAAUAAGAUUUUAACUAAGGAUGGCUUCUCGCGGGAAAUCAGAAACUGGAAAAUUGAGGCAAAAUAUGGAAGAGCAACUUGACAGACUGAUGCAGCAGCUUCAGGAUCUGGAGGAAUGCAGAGAAGAACUGGAUGAGGAAGAGUAUGAGGAGACAAAAAAGGAAACCUUGGAACAGUUGAGUGAAUUCAAUGACUCUCUGAAGAAGAUCAUGACAGGAGACAUGACACUUGUGGAUGAACUCAGUGGAAUGCAGCUGGCAAUCCAGGCUGCCAUCAGCCAAGCUUUCAAAACCCCAGAGGUGAUCCGACUUUUUGCUAAGAAGCAGCCAGGACAGCUGAGAACAAGACUAGCAGAGAUGGACCGAGAUGUCAUGGUGGGGAAAUUGUCGCGGGAUGUGUACACGCAGCAGAAAAUGGAAAUCCUCACAGCCUUGAGAAAACUUGGAGAGACGCUCACUUCGGAGGAUGAGAUUUUUCUCACCGAAAAUGCUACAGCUACUCUGAGCCAGUUUGAAAAAGUGACUGCAAACUUAGGCUCUGAAGACAAAAUUAUGGCUUUAGCUAGCUCUGGUGUGAAAACCAAGGCAUAGUAAUUCUACAUAAUGUUAAUUUUAACUCUGUGUCUUUAUUACCAAGAAUGGAAUGUGCCAAUUGAUCAUUGAUUUUGUAAAUAGCCAGUGCUCUUCUAGGUUUUGCUGUAGAUGCUAACACUUUUUAACAGUAUUGUUUUAUACCCCUGCACUUUUGUAAAUGUCUAUUUGUCCAGAUGCGUGUAAAAUUGUAUUUCAGGUACGAGCAUGUGAUUUGUAGAAUAUGAAGACAUGUACAUGAAUGUAAAAGAUGGCCCAGGCAGUUCAAGAGAAAUACUCUGUUGUGAUUUGGGCUGUAUUUCUUAUUGGGUUACUGUGUCUCUGUCUUGCAUUGUUGUUUUAAAGAUUGUUGAUUUUCUGUAUAAGUGCUGCAAAUAUUCAAGAUUUAUUUUAAUUAAACUAUUCCAUUUACA